AUGGCCGAGAUCUGCGUGAUUCCUGGCGGCUCCGCCUUUUCUGACUUCCGUCGGGAGGGGCUUGCCUCACAGAUCGGGGUUAAGGAUGUCCAAGGACAAUACGUUCACUAUGUUGAACUGAUCAGCGACCUUGACUCGGAGCAUCGUGCUCUCUUGGAAAAGUUACUCACCAAUGUCCUCCAAGACAACGGCCUCGAAAGACAUGAUGGCUCGUCCCAGACCUUUUAUGUCUUACCUAGGCCAGGUACCAUUUCACCGUGGAGUACAAAGGCAACCAGUAUUGCCCAUGUUUGUGGACUUCGACACAUUGUCCGUAGGAUCGAGCGCGGUAUCAAACUCAUCAUCACGUUGGAGGAUGACAAAUCGUUGGAUGUGUCCGCUUUGAAUUUUCUCCAUGACCGGAUGACGGAGACAAUCUAUGAAGGUGAGCCAGAUCUCGACGUACUAUUCCUGCACCAGGAAGCUGGCACAUUGGGAACAUAUGACCUGUACAAGGAUGGUAAAUCACCGAUAGAGGUCUUGGAACAGCUAAACAAAGAUCUUGGCCUGGCUCUCGACCCUUCAGAAAUACAAUACCUCGCUGAAGCCUACGCCAAAGACGGAUCCGUUCCGAGAAAUCCUACCGAUGUCGAACUGUUCAUGUUUGCUCAGGUUAAUUCAGAACAUUGUCGACACAAGAUCUUCAAUGCAACAUGGGUUAUUGACGGUCAAACCAAGCUCAACACACUCUUUGGCAUGAUCCGUAACACCCACAAGGUGACCAGUGAGGGAACCAUCAGCGCAUACAGUGAUAAUGCAGCGGUGCUACAAGGAAGCCAAGGAAGCCAAUGGGCUCCGGAUGAUGUCAACGGACAGUGGAAAGCUAUCAAGGAAAGAGUUGAUUUCCUAGCAAAGGUUGAAACCCAUAACCAUCCUACCGCUGUGUCACCCUUUCCAGGUGCAGCGACUGGUUCUGGCGGCGAAAUCCGGGAUGAAGGUGCAACUGGCCGUGGCUCAAAACCCAAAGCCGGCCUCACAGGGUUUUCUGUUUCUGAUCUGCUGAUCCCAGGCCAUCGCCAGCCAUGGGAGCUCGACUACGGAAAGCCUCACCACAUAGCCACCAGCUUGGACAUCAUGCUCGAAGGACCGAUCGGCGCGGCAGCCUUCAACAAUGAGUUUGGCCGACCUGCGACUACUGGUUAUUUCAGAACUUUGCUCACAGAGAUGAAAACUGGCAAGGAUUCUUCCGAAAUUAGAGGUUACCACAAACCUGUCAUGAUUGCUGGCGGUGUGGGCACGGUCCGACCUCAACUUGCGCUUAAGAAUCCUGAUCUGGUCAAAGAGGGCGCAAAGCUGAUCGCACUCGGUGGUCCGGCAAUGCUUGUCGGUCUAGGCGGUGGUGCAGCCUCUAGCAUGGGUUCCGGUGAAGGUUCUGCAGAUUUGGAUUUUGCCAGUGUCCAACGAGGAAAUCCAGAAAUGCAGAGGCGAGCACAAGAGGUCAUUAACGCUUGUGCGGCUCUGGGUCCAGAGAGGAACCCUAUCCAAUUCAUUCACGAUGUCGGUGCCGGCGGUCUGUCCAAUGCCCUGCCAGAACUGGCAAAGGACUCGGGACUCGGUGCACAGUUCGAACUCCGUGAAGUUGACUGUGCGGAUAACAGCAUGAGCCCUCUUCAAAUAUGGUGUUGUGAAGCUCAGGAGCGGUAUGUGCUAGCCGUCAACCCAGAUGACAUGAACAAGUUCAGAUCCAUCGCGAACCGAGAACGAUCGACCAUAUCUGUUGUGGGCCAUGCCACCAACCAGCAGGCACUGAAGCUCACCGAUCGCAACAACCCGUCAAGUCACGGUCACCAAGACCCUAUCGACCUGCCGAUGGAUGUGCUUUUUGGCAAGCCUCCUAAGAUGACCAGGACAGUCACAUCGAGAAAGGUUGACUUACCAGCAUUCGAUACUAGCCUGAGCAUGUAUGUUCCACAAGCCUCUACUCACGGGUUGCUCGAAGAAGCCAUCGGUCGAGUCCUGCAAAUGCCCGCGGUUGGCUCGAAGUCCUUCCUCAUAACCAUCGGCGACCGUACUGUCGGUGGCUUAACAGCUAGAGACCAAAUGGUCGGUCCGUGGCAAGUUCCCGUAGCGGAUGUUUCCGUGACUGCCACCUCACUGACACCCGACAUCAAGACUGGCGAAGCCAUGGCAAUGGGCGAACGGCCGACUCUUGCCCUUAUCUCCCCUACUGCGUCGGCGCGCAUGGCCGUCGCUGAAUCUCUCAUGAACUUGACGGCGGCAGAUCUACCUGACCGUCUACAUCAAGUCAAGCUCUCUGCAAACUGGAUGUCCGCAGCCUCGCAUCCUGGUGAAGGUGCAGCAAUCUACGAAGCGGUGGAGACACUAGGCAUGGACUUGUGCCCCCAGCUCGGAAUUGCCAUUCCCGUCGGCAAAGACUCCAUGUCCAUGAAGAUGAAAUGGCAAGACAAGGACACGAAUGAGUCCAAAGAAGUCACUGCCCCGUUGACGGUAGUGAUUUCGGCGUUCGCACCGGUUGUUGACAUCAAAAAGACAUGGACGCCACAACUGAAGCGUUACAAUGAAGUCGGCGAGUCGACGUUGUUCUUCGUCGACUUGGCCCUCGCUCACCGUGCCAUGGGCGGUUCAAUCCUGGCCCAAUCCUUCAAGCAGAUCGGAGACGAGUCUCCCGACAUCCGCUCAGUCAACCUGUUCAAAGACUUUUUCGAUGCGACACAGCAAUUGCACGAACAAGACCUGGUUUUGGCCUACCACGACCGAAGUGACGGCGGCCUCUUCACCACACUCGCGGAAAUGUCCUUCGCAGGUCGCUGCGGGAUUGAAAUCAUGAUCAACGAGAUCUGCCCAACCCCAAACACCCCCGACGUGAUAUCGUGCCUCUUCAACGAAGAACUUGGUGCCGUGUUCCAAGUCCGCAAGGCCGACGAGAACAGGUUCAAAGCAUGCUUCGCCACCUGCGGGCCUCCCCCAGGCUUGAUCCACAAGAUUGGCCGGGUCUCUACCAAAUCCAGUUCUCAAAACAUGGCAAUCUACCACGGCGGCAAGCUGGUCUACCGCGGCGUCCGAUCGGAGUUGCAACAACAGUGGUCAAACACCUCAUACUGGAUGCAACGACUCCGAGACAACCCAGCGUGCGCAGACGCCGAAUACGCUAACAUCUCCAAAGACUCGGACCCCGGCCUGUCCUACAACCUGACCUACAAGCCCAAGGAGAACAUCAACAGCUACAAGACGAGCCUGCUCAGCAUCGUCCGGCCGACGACGCGCCCGCGCGUCGCCAUCCUGCGCGACCAGGGCACCAACGGGCACGCGGAGAUGGCGUUUGCAUUCGACGCCGCCGGCUUCACGGCCGUCGACGUGCACAUGAGCGACAUCCUGGACCCAAAGUCCCAUCAGACGCACCUGGGUCUAGAGCACGACCUGAGCGGCUUCACGGGCCUCGCGCUCGCCGGCGGCUUCAGCUUCGGCGACUGCCUGGGCGCGGGCCAGGGCUGGGCCAAGAGCAUCCUCUUCCACCGGGACGCGCGGCGCAAGUUCCAGGCCUUCUUCGAGCGCAAGGACACCUUCACCCUGGGCGUGUGCAACGGAUGCCAGGUGCUGAGCAAGCUGGCGGAACUCAUCCCCGGCGCCGGCCAGUGGCCCAGCUUCGAGCGCAACGAGUCCGAGCAGUACGAGGCGCGCGUGUGCAUGGUGCGCAUCACCGACCCGCCCGCCGACAGCGGCCUCGCCCCGAGCGUCUUCUUCCACGGCAUGAGCGGCUCGAGCCUGCCCAUCGCCGUCGCCCACGGCGAAGGACGAGCCUGUUUCACCGACGCCGCCGCCGCCGCCGCCGCGAACGGCAAGAACAUCAAGGCCCUCGACGCCCAACUGGCCUCCGACUUUGCGAGCUCGCACCUCGCCCCCCUCCGCUACGUCGACAACAAGUCACUCGAGCCCACCACCACGUACCCGGCCAACCCGAACGGGAGUCCCUCGGGCAUCGCCGGCGUCAGGAGUCAAGACGGCCGCGUUCUCGCCUUGAUGCCACACCCUGAGCGGACCAUCUUGCAGGGCGUCGGCAGCUAUAUCCCCGAUGGCAAGAGUGCGGAAUGGGGCGAGUACGGACCUUGGGUGCGACUCUUCCAGAGCGCGAGAAGGUGGGUAGGAUGA